CCUCUAAAUAAAUCUGGAGGUAAAAGCUCCAUUUAUGCCCUUUAACCCCUUGAAGAGAAUCCAUGCAGGCACUUGCCUUUAGGGAAACCAUCUCUAGGCUGCUCUCUUGCCAUGAUCUCUAUGCCACUAUACUCCAGAGCCAGUUCAACUUCCUUCCAGACUGCUGUCCAUGAAGAUGCAGGUCCUAAAGGCCUCUUCCCUAUACCACCAUUCCCACUCCUGCCACGAAGCCGCCACUGACUCCUUGCUGCUCACUGCAUGGUGGGUAGCGUCUGUAUUCCUGAAAGCCUAGCAGUUAAGGUCUUCCACAUCCAAUCAUAACCUUUCCCACCAUCGUUACCUCUUAAUUUUUCAAAUCCUCAUCUCUACCCAUUCCAGCCAAGUAUGCAUUCACUAGACUCUAAACAUACCAUGAGUCAUCCUGCCACUCCUGUGUGUACUGCCUUUGCCUGAAGUUCUCCACAUUCCUCUGGGUUCGUUCCAUCCUGUACAUUCCUCAGGACCCACUCAGAAGCUUAUCUUUUUCAUCUCAGUGGUUCCUUCCAUCUUUGAAGGUGCACAGGAUUUAAUGUGCUCAGCACUCAUUUUCCCAAACGGGAUGGUGUGAUAGAAUGGUUAAUGGCCACAGAGUCCUUUCAUUUCUGUAUGCAUGUAUGUAUGUAUGUGACAUUGCAGCCCCUCCCAUCAAGGUAGAGUCCGGUUCUCUACUCCCUGAAUCUGGGCUGUUCUUGUAACUUGCUUUGGCCAGUAAAAUGCCACGUGAGUAGUUCUGUGUGACUUCUGAGCCUAGGUCUCAAGAAGUCUUGUAGCUUCCUCCUUGCUCCCUAGGGACCCUGAAGCAACCUUAUGAAGAAGUCCAGCCAGCCUGCUGGAGGAAGAGAUGACAUGGCAAGAGAGGCCAGGCAGCAGCCACGCAUCAGACAUGUAGGCAGACAUGAGUCCCAGUCACGUCGCCAGAUGACUGACCAUAUGAGGGACCCUAGGAAAGAGUCACAGAAGAACCACCUAGCUGAUGCUACUGCAGAUUGCUGAGCCACAGCAUUGUGAGCACAUAAAAUGGUUGUUAUUUUAAGCCACUAUGUUUUGGGAUGAUUUACUAUGCAGCAAUAAAUAACUGAGGGCAUGGUUUGUAGCAUUGUAUUCCCAGGGCCUAGAAGACACGCCUAUGGGAGUUUUCUUGAAGAGAUUACUGUGGAUCACUGUCGUCAUGGUGUCACUCCUCUCUCUACUUCAUAGACAAAUAAGCUUUCAAAUCUUCGUGUCUCUCCCUCGUGCUCAAGCAGUUCAAAGCUUGGGCUCACCACUGUCUUCGAGAAUAACACUUUGCGGUUCUUCUGUACUUCACAGGACCAACAUCCCUCUAUUUGCUCCCUUCACAGACCCAUGGCAGGUCGUACCUCUCAGCUCACUGCUGCAUCUCUUACCGUUCGCCCUUGGUCACUAACACUGUAGGGUCAACCCGUGGACUGCCUGAAUGCCAUAAAGCUGUUCUCAGCCUCGCAGCCUUCCACCAUCACUUUGAACGUUCAUACCUGAUUCACGUGUGCUUAUUACUAGGAGAGACCUUAGAGAUUGUCUCAGACAGACACCCCUUCAAGUUAUGAAUGAGGAAAGGAAUGCCCAGAUAAGAAAUAACCAUAAAAAAUGGCUUCUUGAGGUCAUAUGUUGGCAGUACCAAUACCAGAACCCACAUCUCAUGCAGAUUAUUACCCAGUAGAUUGCUCAUUUGUGCUUGGUUCAUGUGUACUUCACUGGUUAGACUGUCGAGUUCUUUGGAGGCAGGCAUAAUCUUUUACUUCUGCCUUUUCACACUUUCCUGCUAUCCCCAAAGCCUGACCAGUGACCACUGGACAUACCUGUACUCAAUAAGUACUUGUGGAUUAAUUGACACUUGAAAAGCACUUAUGCUUGGAACUCUUCUAUAUCUUUUUUGUAGGGUUGCCAGUUUUUCGAAAAAAACUACUAAGGUACAGUUGACACACAAUGUUAUGUUAGUUUCAAGUGUACAACAUAGCGAUUCAACAAUUCUGUGUGUUAUUCAGUGCUCACCACGAUGUGUGGUCACCGGCUGUUAGCAUACAGUGUUAUUACAAUAUUAUUGACUAUAUUCCCUAAGAUGCACUUGUCAUCUCCGUGACUUAUUUAUUUUAUAACUGGAAAUUGUUACCUCUUAAUCCCUUUUAUCGAUUUUACUCAUACCCCUACCCACUUCCCCUUUGGCAGCCACUGGUUUGUUCUUUGUAUUUAAGACUCGGGGUUGGUUUGUUGUUGUUGUUGUUGUCGUCUCUCUCUUUUGUUUCCUGUUUGCUCAUUUGUUUUGUUUCUUAAAUUCCACAUAUGAAUGAAAUCAUAUGGCAUUUGUCUUUCUCUGACUGACUUAAUUUCACUUCACAUCAUACCCUCUAGGUCCAUCCAUGUUGUUGCACAUGGCAGGAUUUCGUCCUUUUUUAUGGCUGUGUAAUAUUCCAUUGUAUAUACCAUGUCUUUAUCCAUUCAUCUGUGGAUGAACACUUGAGUUGCUUCCAUUUCUUGGCCAUUGUGAAUAAUGCUGCUAUAAACAUAGCAUUUAUCUUUUUAAAGCAGUGUUUUUGUUUUCUUUGGGUAAAUAUCCAACAGUGGAAUUACUGGAUCUUGUGGCAUUUCUAUUUUUAAUUUUUUGAGAGACCCGCAUGUUUUCCACAGUGGCUGUACCAAUUUACAUUUCCACCGGUACUGCGUGUCCUUGUCAUUCCCCCACGUCCUUGCCAAUGCUUGUUAUUUCUUGCCUUUUUGAUGCUAGCCAUUCUGACUGGGUAAGAUGGUAUCUCAUUGUGGGGAAUUGUUCUAUAUCUUGUUUGUGGUGGUAAUUACAAAUGUAUGCAUUUUUCAAAACUCGAAUUGUACAUCAAGAAGGAUAAAUUAUACUGUGUAUAAAUUUUUAGAAUUAAGGUAUAAUUCAAGGCAAUUAUGCUGAAGAAAUCCAUUUAUUUGAUAAAUGCGGCUAAAUGUAUAGGUUACGUGUUACCGUGAGAAAAGGAAUUUGGCCCUUUGAAAAUAAAUGUGCACAUAAUGAGCACUCAUGCCAGUUUCCUUCCUCCUUGCACACAAAUGCUUCAGGAUCAUCUGUCAAGACUGCUAAAGAAAGGAUACAUGCCCGAGGAGAUGGCGGGAUCUCAGAUGACUUCUAAGAUCCUGUGAUUGGUUUGAAAGUGUCAUCCUCCUCCUUCCUCAGUGUCAUGCAUAUAUAGGAUGCUCCAGGAUGAAACGCCAUAGAACUCUCAGCAGCAGUGACAGUUCAGAUGACUGUCCUUCCACUUCUUUUACUCCCAGCUCAAUGUAUAGGAGCAAGUCAAAAAUUCCAAAAGAACACAAGAAGCCUGCUGAGGUAUUCCGGAAGGACCUCAUCAGUGCCAUGAAACUUCCAGAUUCUCAUCAUAUUAGUCCUGACAGCUAUUACCUCUUUGCGGAUACAUGGAAGGAAGAAUGGGAAAAGGGAGUCCAGGUACCAGCCAGUCCAGACAAUAUUCCACAGCCUUCUGUCAGGGUUGUGGCUGAGAAAGUAAAGGAUGUUCUGUUUAUGCGGCCCCGGAAGUAUAUCCGCUGCUCCAGCUCGGAAAGCACAGAACCUGGCUACAUCAACAUUAUGGAGUUGGCAGCAUCUGUGUGUCGCUAUGACCUAGACGACAUGGACAUCUUCUGGCUCCAGGAACUCAAUGAAGACCUCGCAGAAAUGGGUUGUGGGCCAGUUGAUGAGAAUCUUAUGGAAAAGACAGUAGAAGUCCUGGAACGCCAUUGCCAUGAAAAUAUGAACCAUGCUAUUGAGACAGAGGAAGGGCUAGGCAUAGAGUAUGAUGAAGAUGUGAUCUGUGAUGUGUGCCGGUCUCCAGACAGUGAAGAAGGGAAUGAUAUGGUGUUCUGUGAUAAGUGUAACAUCUGUGUACAUCAGGCCUGCUACGGCAUCCUCAAGGUCCCGGAAGGCAGCUGGCUGUGUCGUUCCUGUGUCCUUGGCAUUCAUCCACAGUGUCUGUUAUGUCCAAAGAGAGGUGGGGCCAUGAAGACUACCAGGACAGGGACUAAAUGGGCUCAUGUCAGCUGUGCCCUGUGGAUUCCAGAGGUCAGCAUUGCUUGUCCUGAGAGGAUGGAACCAAUCACCAAGGUGUCCCACAUUCCACCCAGCCGAUGGGCCUUAGUUUGCAGCCUGUGCAAGGUGAAGACAGGGGCCUGUAUUCAGUGCUCUGUGAAAAGCUGCAUCACUGCCUUCCACGUCACCUGUGCCUUUGAGCACAGCCUAGAGAUGAAGACCAUCCUAGAUGAGGGGGAUGAAGUGAAGUUCAAGUCAUACUGCCUCAAGCACAGCCAAAACAGGCAGAAGCUCAGGGAGGCCGAGUACCCCAUGCACAGGGCUACUGAGCAGAGCCAGGCCAAAAGUGAAAAAAUCAGCCUGCGGGCGCAGAAGCUUCGGGAGCUGGAGGAGGAGUUCUAUUCCCUGGUCCGCGUGGAAGAUGUGGCCACAGAACUGGGGAUGCCCACGCUAGCUGUGGACUUUAUCUAUAACUACUGGAAACUGAAGCGGAAAAGUAACUUCAAUAAGCCAUUAUUUCCUCCGAAGCAGGAUGAAGAAAAUGGCCUGGUGCAGCCAAAAGAGGAGAGUAUUCACACUCGCAUGAGAAUGUUUAUGCAUCUACGCCAAGACCUAGAGAGGGUGCGAAAUCUGUGCUACAUGAUAAGCAGGCGAGAGAAGCUGAAACUGUCACAAAACAAAAUACAGGAACAGAUCUUCGGUUUGCAAGUCCAGCUUAUCAACCAGGAAAUGGCUGCAGGACUUCCUUUGACAAGUACACUAGAAAACUCAUUGUUCUACCCGCCUCCAAGAAUUACCUUAAAGUUAAAAAUGCCGAGAUCAGCCCCGGAAGACUGCAGAAACAGCUCCACAGAGCCUGAUCAUGGACCCCUCUCUCCUGCCAGCAGCUCCCCUGUUCCCAGUAUAAGGAGCAUGCAGGUGCCUCAGGAGUCACUAGAAAUGAGAAUGAAAUCGUACCCAAGACAUCCACUAGAGAGCAAGAGUAACCGUCUGCUGGCCAGUCUCACCCACUCUAGAAGUGAAGCAAAGGACCCCAGUCCUGCUUGGAGAACUCCAUCCCCGGAGUUCUACCACGGGCAGUCACUGGGAAAGCCUCUGGUCCUCCAGGCUGCCCUGCAUGGCCAUUCUUCCAUCGGGAAUGGGAAGAGUCAGUCUACCUCCAAGCUUGCCAAAUCCAACGGCCUGGAGGGCAGCUGGUCUGAAGAUGUCACCCAAAAAGACAGCUCAAGUGAGGUGUUCUGUGACCAGGAGUCCAUGCUCAGCUCCCACUUGGCCAGUCAGGGCGCCUUUAGAAAAUCGACCGUGGAACACUUCAGUAGGUCCUUUAAGGAAGCCACCAACAGGUGGGUGAGGACCACGGAGGACCUCCAGUGUUGUGUGAAGCCAACCAAGAACGUCAGCCCCAAGGAGCAGCUCUGGGGCAAGCAGCUUGUGAGGCGGUCUGCAGGGAGAGCUCCGUAUCAGGAAAACGAUGGGUAUUGCCCAGAUUUGGAGCUGAGCGAUUCAGAAGCAGAGAGUGAUGGGAAUAAAGAGAAAGUCAGGGUAAGGAGAGUUAGCUCGGACAGGGAAAAUCCUGCCCACGACUCUCGACGGGAUUGCCACGGUAAAAGCAAGACACAUCCCCUUUCCCACACUUCAAUGCAAAGGUGAUCGGAAACCUCCAAGAAUAGCUCAGUCUUUGCCUUUGCCCCAUACACUGGGGCAGACCCCCACACCAAAAGGAUUCUAGUGUACUUUAGGAGGAACUGUAGUGAAAGAAUAAAACGUUUCACAGCGAAUUGACUUGCAGUUUUUGAAACCGCUUCAAGUCUACUUUUCGCAAGCACAUUCUAGGAAUUACAGAUUGUCCAGAAGUCUUUUCUGCCAGAGGCUGUUGAGAACAGCUGGGCCCAGAGUACUUGCUCAGUAAAUACUUUGGGACAGCUCUCCAGUCCUGUUAACACGUUGAUGCACAUAUGUAUUAAGAGUCCUUGCAUCGUUAACGCAUUUGCAAGAGACCGUGAUUAUCAGACACUAAAACUACUUCCCUUUUGAAGCUACGGCUCGUGACCUCCCACAGCUCCUGUCUGUAGGAAGUUGCUAACUCCAUUGGUACCUGGAAACCCGCUUCAGGGAGAGCCCAGGGACCAACAUCUCAGAUACUGUCAGAUUCACUACCCUCUUCCUUGGCUCAGCACAAGGUUGAGCUCCUUUCGCAGUAUCUUACCUACCAAGUCAAUACUCCUGAUGCUUCUUAAGUGUCCAGUGCCUGUUCCUAGACUUGCUGGUCAGGGGCGCACUUGUAACUACUUGGCCCAUCUAACGAGCGUGAGAGGCUAACUUGUGGAUAGUGUUUACAGAGGUACAAGGAAAAUGCUCAGAUUCUCUCCACUUAGGCGUUUGGGAGGGAUCCCAGAGCCUUUCCCAAAGUGAGACCAAUUCCGGAGGAUUUGUACCAGGUCAGGGGUUUUGUGUUCUUGUUUUCAAAUCAGUUUGACUUAAAUAAGUUUGGCUGACCGUUUUUUGUAUACCUGCUUUAAUGUUUAUAAAGUUUCUAUUGAGGUAUAAUUAAAAUAUAGUAAGAUGCACAGAGGUUAAGUAUUCUUACCUGCUUUAAUUUUGAAACAGAUUUUUAUUGUCAAACAGAAUUUGAAAGCAUGUGUUUAACACAUGGAUAUAAUUUAGCUUUGUACCAACUUCGAAUCCGAGGCAGUUCCCCACACAAAAAGGCUGGAGCCGUUUUUCAGAAGUUGCUUAUACCCUGUUCCCAAACAAUCAGCCUUGAAUAAUUUGUGGGAGGAAGAGAAUAAUUACAUUUGGGGGGGGGGGAUAAAACAUGUCUGCUUCCCAUUUAAAAGAAGGGGAACAUGUUACAGUUUUUAAAAUGUGAAGCCGACUAUAAUUCUCUGCUCUCUCUUCUUAGCCUUAAAUUAAUAUUCUCUUUCUUCUGGUUUGGGAAAGCAUAGUGGGAAUUUUCAGACAAAAAGAGGCCAUUUUUCGAUCUUUAAAGUUGGUUCCUGGUAAAGCAAACAGCCCAGCUGCAGUGGGCGCGCCAGUGGCCCAAGGGCAGGCCAGGGCCCCUCUGUCCCCUCCCCCAGUGCGGGAGCCUCGGCGGCGUUCCUGUCCCCAUUCCUGUCCCCACUUCUGUUCUCGAAGCCUUGUUAAUGGGUCCCGUGGCUCGUGUUUUCUCCUCCCUUUUGGAAAACUUCUGUAUUUUGCCUCCUCUUUGGCCACACCUUGAAAAUGUUUCUUUUAUGCCUGUGUACACGUGUGAAUGUGCCAGAGCACGUGUGGUAGGCGUCCUGUGUUUUGUUUGAGUGGAAGCAGCUAAGAAUCAUCCACACGAGGAAGACUGUUCCUCCUUAUGGACGCACUAGGUUUCUGUGCUUUUCCCUCUGAGCUCUGCUGGGGUAGAUGUGAAUUUGACACCUUCCCUCUAAGGAAGAGGUAACGAGCUCUGCUAUAGGGGCCUUCUGUUGCGCUCGAGGCCAGUAGCCCGAGUCCUUUCAUGCCUUUUGGUUCUGAGUGAGUGCAAGGAAAAGCAAACAUUGAAAAAGUGCUUCAGCCAAAUUCCAUAUGUAAUGCCAUGGGGAGAGUAUUGACUAAAAUAACUUCAGUCAGGGAAAUAUAGUUGUAAUAUUUUUACAAGAUUUUCCUAAGUAAAUGAAGGAGCCUUCAGUUGUGUAAAUGUCAAUUGCCCCAAAAUGUAUUUGCUACAUUUUGCUGUUGUUUGAAGUAUUACCUCUUAACCUUCUUUUGUUAAUUUUUUUUCAUUUUGUCUUAUAUAGUCCAGUUUUCCAAGACAAAUUCAGUCUUUUUUCAAAUGUCACCUUUUUACCAAUACUUUUUCAUUAAAUUAUGAAAACUG